AUGGCUCCUAAAAAGACUAAGGUUGUAACUAACUCUCGUGGACCUUGUCCAGUGAAAGGAAAAGCUUCCGCGCAGAACCGAAAGGCUCCAGCUCAGAUUCGACCGGCCGCUAAUCAGGGCCGAAAGGCUCCAGUUCAGAGCCAAUUAGACCCUAAUCAGGACCGAAAGGCCAAGAUUCGGGGGCUCCCCGUCCGUCGCAGCUGCCGUCUUCGCGGAAUUGCGGACGGUAUGCUUGGACAUAUCAUGCUCAACCGACACCUCAACAAAGACCUCCAGGCCAUCGAGGAUUUGAAUCCUUUUCCACUGCCAGAGUCAGUCGCCGCCUCGGUACUUGACGUCGAGAUCGAUGGGGCCCCCGUCAGUCCAGCUUCAGAGGAGGACUUGGCUGCUGAUCCAGCCUCUCCCACCACUGUCGCUGCGGCUCAUGCUGACCCAGAUCCACAGGACGUAGCUGCUAUCGCGUCAGCCGCUCCCAUAGAAGCUGACACUCCGGCUCAACUACCCGCAGAUGCUGCCGUGCCAUAUUCCCAUUCGGAGGCUGCCUCAGCUCCGGUUGCUCUGCCCAACAUAACUAGCUCUGGUUCCGACCUAGGCCGCCGCACCAAGCUCGCUUCUAUCCAAGCUAACAUGGAGUGCGAGCGUACAGCUAAUACCGCGUCUCCUACUGCUUCUCUGGGAACGGCUCAAUCGGUUGAGUCCGUCGCCACCGCUGCCUCUAGUCCUGGUAAUGUUGCGGAGUCAGUCGCGGCCGAAGGAGCCGAGGCGGCUACUCCGGCAUCUCAGCCCCUUCUAGCUGAUGAUGAUGCCAGUCUUGAUACUCCGUCGUUUGGCCUUGAGCCUGCGACUGUCCAGACUCCUCAACAACCCCAGGCCUUUAGUUGGGAUGAAGUUUUCGCGUCCAUUGGCCAGCCUUUGAUCGAUGAUCUCGAUUUUUGGCUCGACAUACCGUCCUACGAUGGCUCGUUAUUCUAA